AGGAUACUGAUAAUGGUCACUUGAUUGCUUCACCUGGGCAGCCUGGCCAUUCCUCUUGAGAUGCUAAAUAGCUCACCCUAUUCAUAUACCCUUAAGACAGGUAAGCAAAAGACAAUGGAGAGUCUUUCCCAUUUCCUUCCUCCUUGCAGAGAAAUAUCUGAAGUCAAUUUGGGAGAGCCAAAAUAGUUUCAGGACUGCUCUCCUGUACUAUUGCAGACACACGGUUCAUUUACUCAUGUAUGUGUUUGCCUUGUAGAUUUUUGAACAUAGGAUUUUUACAUAUGAGACCUUGGAAUUCCUAUAACACCUAAUUUCUCUGUGUCUGCUCUGAGUAAAACUCAGCUGAAUACCAGCCACUAUACCUUGGAAACUAAUAGGUCGUUAUGUGCCCAAAAGGUACUUAGGCCUUGUCCACACAAUACCUCUGAAGCACAUUUAAAGCACAUUAUUUCCCGCAAAGCAUUCUGGGCGCUGUAGUGUACACCUCAUGGCUUCCUGCAAAUCUCCCCUCUCACCUCCCGCAACUCAGCAUGUUGUAGCUGCAUCUGCUGUAGGUAUUCCUCUCACAGACAUGGUGGACCUUGAUUGCUGGUCCCCACUGGAACUCAUAGUGUGAAUGAUGAAGGUAACUGAUUGGGGCAUUUUAGUGAUUUUCACCUGGACACUGUUUCUGACCGCUGUCACAUCAGUGAUGAGAAAAACUUCUAGCCUGAGCUUCUGUGUGUAUAUUUGGAAGCAAGUCUGGGAUAGCUCAGCUGGUAGAGCAUGAGAGUCAUGGGUUUGAGCCCAACAUCGGGCAAAAGAUCUCUGCAUUGCAGGGGGUUGGACUAGAUGACCCUUGUGACCCUUCUGAUUCUAUGUCCCACUGUGAUCAAGAGGCUUUAUUCCCUAGAGCAACCUUCCCCUACCUGGUGCCUUCCAGAUGUUUUGGAUACAAAUCUCAUUGUCCUGCCAAUCUGAGGGCUUACCCUUAUCACUUAACCUAUUGCCCUGCUCUUUCCAGGCAUAGGUAAAGGUAAAGGGACCCCUGACCAUUAUGUCCAGUCACGGACGACUCUGGGGUUGCAGCGCUCAUCUCGCUUCAUUGGCCGAAGGAGCCGGCGUACAGGUUCUGGGUCAUGUGGCCAGCAUGACUAAGCCGCUUCUGGCGAACCAGAGCAGCACACGGAAACGCUGUUUACCUUCCCAACAGAGCGGUACCUAUUUAUCUACUUGCGCUUUGACAUGCUUUCGAACUGCUAGGUUGGCAGGAGCAGGGACCGAGCAACGGGAGCUCACCCCUUCGCGGGGAUUCGAACCUCCAACCUUCUGAUCGGCAAGUCCUAGGCUCUGUGGUUUAACCCACAGCACCACCCGUGUCCCUUUCCAGGCAUAGGCUCCUGCAUAAAAGUUCUGUGUCUGUGUUUUUUUGCCUCCAAGCUUUCCCACCCCCACCCCCACCCACUAUUUAGCGCUCAAUUGUAGCAAGCACCAAUUGGGGUUUUCUGCAGAUUGCCAUUUGCUCCGACUGAGCUUUAGAGAGUGGGUUUUUGCAGGGCAAAAGCUCUGGAGUGAAAAGGGGAAAAGGGACAUGGAGCUUUAAAGUGUGGACUGUGCUUGGAAAGAGUGGAGGAAAGGAAGUGUGGAUAAGCCCUAAGUCUAUAAAACAUUUUACACCAGCUGCAGCUUCUGAACACGGUUCUAAUCCCCGCGACAGGGUGAGCUCCUGUUUCUCGGUCCCUGCUCCUGCCAACCUAGCAGUUUGAAAGCACGUCAAAGUCCAAGUAGAUAAAUAGGUACCGCUCCAGCGGGAAGGUAAACGGUGCUGCUCUGGUUCACCAGAAGCGGCUUAGUCCUGCUGGCCACAUGACCCAGAAGCUGUACUGGCUCCCUUGGCCAAUAAAGUGAGAUGAGCGCCGCAACCCCAGAGUCGGUCACGACUAGACCUAAUGGUCAGGGGUCCCUUUACCUUUACCUUUAAAUGGGAAGUGACUUUGGCAUGCCUCAGGCUAGCUGGUACAUAGGCACUUCAUCCUCAUCCUGACUCUCAGAUUGUUUUUCUUACGCAUUGCUAACACCCAAUGUUCACUUUCAUAAGAUACUCAAGAUUUCCCCCCCAGUGAGUGUAAUGGAUUAAAGCUGCAGUCCUGGGAGCAGUUCCGACUGAACUCAUUGGAGCUUACUUCUGAGUAGACAUGUGUAAUACAGUGGUACCUCUGGUUAUGAACUUAAUUUGUUCCAGAGGUCUUAACGCACAACCGUUCUUAACAUGAGGUGCACUUUCGCUAAUGGGGUCUCCCACUGCCGCCACACGACUCCCAUUCACAUCCUGGGGCAAAGUUCACAACCGGGAGCAUCUACUUCCGGGUUAGCGGAGCUCGUUACCCAAAGUGUUCGUAAGGAGGAUGGGACAUAACCCGAGGUUCCACUGUAUAGUAUUGCACUGUAAGGAGUCACUAAUCGCUUAAAAGAACUUUAUACUAAAUAGUGGACCCCGAUAUGAUUCUAUACCUUCUAUGUUAGGUUGGCCGACUUUUAAGAGCAGUAUCUUGGCUUCAAAUCUUAUGCAUUAUAUGAAAUUAGCAUUUCAUAUAAUGCUAAUUGGUUGGCACUCAGAAUAGUUUUUAUAGCUCAGUCAUGCCUUUCGAGGGAAAAAGCUGUUAUACAAUGGACAAAUCAUCAUAAAUGCCUGAUGCAAAAGGUCAAACUUAUAUAACUAGCUAUUGAUGGGCACAAUCCAUUUUUAUUACAUGGCUGUAUAGUUAUGGUUAUACAAGUGGCCGUCAUGAAUAUCUAGCAGAAAAGAAUGCUGCUUUAUUAACAGGGAGAAGACUAUCUUCAGUUCUUUUACAGAAAACCGUGCCUCUUUGUGACACAUAAAUGAAACUGGAAUAACUGUUACUAAUUCCAUGAAGUAUUCAUAACUGAGGAGGGGAUUUGAUUAUGUUCAAAACAAUAUGAAAACCGAAAUGCAUUCAUUCUUCAAAAUUCACGCUUCUCUGAAUUUUGCAAUCUAGUUCUCCAACCAGUGUUUGCAGAACGGCAUAUGUCAGGGUGUAAAUGUGCAUUAAAAUGAUGAUAGUGAAGCUAACAUGCAAAAAACCAUGAUGUCAGGAGAAAUUGCUUGCACAAAUUUGUGACAUUAGGAGAAAAUUGCCUCUGAUGUGGGACUACAAUUCCCAUCAUCCAUGCUGGCCGAGAGUUGUAGUCCAAAACGUUUGGAGGAUCCCAGGUUGUUUUGCGCAUUCUGGAGGCCAGAGGCCUAGUUCAUUUACUUCCAUAUGUUCCGGGUUCUGUCAAUCCUAUAAUUGGCACAGACUUCUUGGGAUUGCAAAAUUCCUUAUUCAUGUGGUCCUGGUCCUCUUACCUGCUCUGGGACACCCUGCUAGGUCCUCCUCCUGCUUAUGCACGUGCAUGGAGGAAUGUUGGGAUCUGUCGUUUUUGAGAGACCAUGUCACUCUUCUCUCUUGUCUCUCAAACCACAAACUCCAUCUUGCAGAAGCUCCAUUGGAACACCAGCUCACUGUUCAAAGCAUUGCUUAUUCUCACCUGCUUCUGUUGGGCUCUAGCCCAAUCACAUGGGAUCUGGGCACACAGGGAAAGAAGUCUGCAUAAGCAUCCUGAAGGAGGAUGGUUAUACAUUUAGCCUUAAUUUCCCCUUCACAGUUGCUGCCUUCCAGCCUGAGGACCUUCAGGCCAUGUCCUGCUGGGGUCCUCCUGGCUUAGCAACAGGACGGAAUUGGGUGUGUUAUUGAAUACCAGUAAGUUCUUCCACGCAUCCUGGGCUACUCCUGCUGCACUAUCAGCUCUCAGACAAGAGAAAGUGUGCCUCUGGGCUCGCCCUUCCCUAAGCAGACCUUUCACCCCUCCCUUAAUUGCAGCUGGAAAGGGGAGGGGUGAGCUGCCUCCUUUACAAGGCCCUACAAUAGGACUUGCCUGGGAGACAGAGAGAGGAAGUGGGGGAAUCUAGCUGGCUCUGUGGAUUAGCGCUUUAUGCCACAGAAAGUGGUCCCUUGGGUGCCCCAGUCAGAGGGAAGACUUUGCCUUCUUGCAAGCUGUUCGAAAGACUAGAAUUGAAGCUUCACCCGACAGCGUUUCUUCAACCUUCUCUAGCUUUUAAUAUCCUUAUCCGCUGCUGCCUCUUAAGCACAAAAGGUAAGUCCAAAGUUGACUUCUGAGAGCUGUUCUCCAGCUUUCUUGCUUUUUAAAUUUUUAUUUUAAAUGUGGGGCUUUUCCCCCUCAAGCACACCAUGGGUGAAGAAGGGAGAAUAUUAACUAUGCGCUAUAGUUACACGACCGAAACAGAACAGGCGUGUUUCACAGCUGCUCCAACCUGCUAUUUCUGAUAGCAAGGCAGAAAUUGGGGCAAUUUGGACCUGUUGCCUAGUCCCUAUGCCGAUUAUUCCGACUCAAAGGUAGCUUUUAAUCUGAGAACGGGAUUCACAGAUUGAGGUUAAAAGGAAACCGAGACUUAAAACCAGCCUCUAAGGUGGAAAGUGGCUAACACAGGAGGGAUCCACUACGUUUCUCAGAAUGACGGGAAUAUAUAAUUGGGUGCAAAUGAGUGCAAUCUGGGCAGAAACAGAAGUCUUGGUGAUUGAAACCUAUUCAGAACUAAUAUGAGCAUUAGAUGGAUUCUGAAUUUUUAAAAUCUUGGAUGCAAAUGCCCCUGUGUUAGGGGACUAAGAAAUAGAUUCAUAACAGAAACUUUUGAAUUGUCGAUUCACAGUUCUUCAAAAAAAUAUGUGAACCAAAGAACAGACAUCCUUCAAAAUCUGCAGUACUGUGAAUUUUAUGGUGCACUUGUUCAACCAACAAAGAACGUAUUACAUGUAGGGUAAAAUGUGCAUAGAAAUGCAUAUACUGCUGACAACGGCAACGAGAAAUGUAUUAUGUUGCUGUAAAUUCCUUGCAAAAUGUACACAGUAGGCAAAAUUGCUUUAAAAUUUACUUUAAGAGAAAUGUGCCCUAAAACGCUGAUUAUUUUUUGGUGAGGACUUUUCACAUAAGAAAUAUGACAAAGAGUGGGGAAAUCAGAGAAACAGAAAUCGACAGGAUUUACCUAUUCUUUUAAGUAUAGGAAACAUUAGUAUUUUUCUUUUUAAUGGACUGAUUCCAAUUUCUUUAAAGUCAGAAAGAAUUAAGCAACUUCCCUGGGAGACGACCAGCGCUUAUCUAAUGUAUCUUAAAAAUAAAAUCAGUGUGAGGGCAGCUAAGCAGCAUAAGAGAUAUUAUUCCCCCUGCUCCCCUGAAUUAGUUUAAGAAUUUUUUGGCUAAAUUAUAUCUGGUAUAUUGUGAGGGAAACAACUUGAAUUUUCUUGGAAAUGCAGGCUGCUUUCUCUCUCUCUCUCUCUCUCUCUCUCUAUAUAUAUUUGUUGCUUAAAUAAUGUGGACACUAAAGUGUAGAUUUAACUACCGUAUUUUUCGCUCUAUAAGACGCACCAGACCACAAGACGCACCCAGUUUUUGGAGGAGGAAAACAAGAAAAAAAAUAUUCUGAAUCUCAGAAUCCAGAACAGCAAGAGGGAUCGAUGCGCAGUGAAAGCAGCAAUCCCUCUUGCUGUUCUGGCUUCUGGGAUAGCUGCGCAGCCUGCAUUCGCUCCAUAAAAUGCAACACAUUUCCCCUUACUUUUUAGGGGGGGGAAAGUGAGUCUUAUAGAGCAAAAAAUACGGUAACUACCAGGAGUGUCAUUUAAAUGAGCUUUUGCAUUUUUUAAAAAGCUGGUAAUUCAAACAUAAAUAUUUCAGGGACUUUAAAUGUAUAUUGAAUUUGAAAAUGGCCCAUCUGUUUCCAAUUCCCUGUAAACAACAUUCAAAAGUAACACACACAAAACUAACAGCAAUGCUCAUGAGCUGUUUGUAGGCUUCCCAAAGGAAACUGUUUGGCCGCUGGGCAAAGACAAUGAUAGAUUGGAUGGGCCUUUAGGCUCAUCCAGUGGUUCUUGAACUUUUUUUUUCUGGGUCAUGCUUUCAGAAUAGAAAUGUGCUCGCCACACCAAAUUUUUUUACUGAUAAGAAAUACAUGGGAAAACAAAAACAAACAGCUCUUAGCAGUUCUUGAUUCAUAACAUAGAACACAACUACUUUGUAAUAUGAUCGUGGGACACCUAGAAAGCAUAAAAUGAUUAUUUUUGAACUGUGCAACACUGAAAUGUUUAAAUGUUUCUUUGUUUACUCCUGCCGCACCAUUUGAGAACAGCUUCCUUAUAUGCUAUGCAUGCUGACCCACAGGUAAGUCCCACUGUUUUCAACGGUGCUUUCUCCUGGGAAAGUGUGCAUAUAUUAUAUGAGAAAACUCCAUUUAGCAUUGCUCCCCAAACCCCCAAUAUUACACCCAAAAUGUAUCUGUAGUUUGGGCAGGUGUAGCAGUUUUUAAUAGGCCAUUUAAAAUAGUUGAGAGCAAGGCUGUCCUGCCUGCUACUUCUGUAUAUUUUUAAAGGGAGACCUGCUAUAUGCUAUUGAAAUCUGAUGUGCUAUAUGCGCACAUCAUUCUUCUGGAUGCUUGCGUUAUGAUUAAUGCAACGAAGUAUGUGGUCCUUAGUUAUGCAGGCUGCAGUCUUUUACUGUUUUGUCCCAGGGCAACCAAAGCAGUGCCUUCUCCAAUAUGCUGAUUCUGGUCACUGAUAUCCUCUGUUGAGGUUCUGCUGUUGACUUAUAGUGGCGACAGUGAAGGUCUUUUCUGUGGAACCAUCAUUUCCCAAGGUUUCCAGGGCUUUAUAUGUCAUUGACUAAGCCUUGAAUUCAGACUAAAAACAAAUGGGCAGCUGCUGAUGACUGAAGGAUAGAAGGGACUGUCAGUCUCGGUUCUCUUAGUUCUGUAUUUUUGUCCCGUUAUUAAAUUCAGUUCUCCACAUUUUGCAGCAAUUUGCGAUCGGAAAAAUCCUUAUGGAAAUUCAUCUGCAUUUUAGUGCAAACUUCCCCUUUAACAGCAGUUUUCACUAAUGUACACAUUUCAUCAUUUUUUUUGCACACCUUCUCCUAAUAAUACUCAUUUUCCCCCUAAAAAAUGUUUGGUUGGAGCGCUGCAUAGCAAAUUUGGACAAGUGUAAAUUUCGAAACUUUGUUUUGGUUGGAUAGCUGUGUUUUGCUUGUCAUCUUUAUGAGUAGCCCUACAUAGUGUCUGUUGAAAUAACUGGGCAUUUUCUCACUGAUCCGCCACUCCCAUUUCUAUACUCAUUUAUUUCAUUCACCCUAAUUUCAGUCUCCUUUAGGCAGCAAACUUGCAGGCAGUGUCUAUAUUUCAUAUCUUACAUAAAGCGCUUCAGUGCCUUCACUACAAUAAAUGAAUAAUACUAGGGUACAGAGUAUUUUCUCAGUAUUAGCACUAUCCAGUAAACAUUAGACAAUGAAAGCAGCAGACUAACAUCUCUCAAUGAGCUUAAUGGGACUGAUUAUCACUAUUUUGUGAGAUUCGAUUGUGUUCAUACUGGAAAUCUAUGCUUCUGCAAAUAAAAUGGAUUUAAGUGCCCUGAUGAAACAAAUCCAUGUUUUAAAAAUGACCUUUUUGCAAGGAGGAGAGUGAUGGGGAAACACACUUAAGAAGUGUGGGAUACGCACUGAUUUGCAAAAACUCAUAUAAGCUUUGUGCAAGCAAAUUGGGAUGAAUGCUCGCUGCCAUAUAACCUCCCUGCAAACGGUGUUAUUUCUUUCCUGGAAUUCCUAUGGAGAAAUAACAUUCACUGCAUCAAUAUGACAAACUCUCUGGUUACAAAAGCUAUAGCAAGUCAGAAUGGAUGGGAUAAAUCUCUAGGAUAGCACACACAUACACGCAAACUAACACAAAUAUCAAAGACAGAGGAACUAAAUCAGUAAAAUGUCUAGGGAUAUAGCACGAAUGAUUCAAUAGAAAUUCUCAAAAUCAACCAACAGCUAUUAUAUAUUAAAAAACUGAGAAAUAUUUGGAAUGUUGGAAAUAUCUCUGUAUAUCCUGGAUUGAUAGGAUAUCAGUAAUUAAAAUGAAUAUGCAUCCCUAAACCCUGUUUUUGCCCAUAAAUAUUCCUCUAUUCAAGGAAUAUUUAUAAGCAAAACCAAUAUUUCCCCCUUCUUUUAUUUUCUAAAAUUUGCAGAUAAAAAUAGAUAAAAGUGAAAACAUAUUCCUGUUAUCGUUUUCUUUAAUAAUUUUAGACAAAUAGCAAAAGCGCUUAUUGAACUUUAUAUAGUCAAAGAACCCACGUAGAAUAGCAGCAAAAAUCAUAUUCCUUAAAAAAGUAGAAAGAGGAGUGGUGGUUCCUAAUACUGUAUUCUGCUACCAAGCAGCAAAAUAUAGCUUCUCUUUAGGAUUCGUUAUUUCCAGUAAAACAACAGAAGCAGAAAAACAAUUCUCCUGAAUAAAGAAUUUAAAAGUCUGUUAAUGAGGGGCACCUUGAAGCCACCUGAAUUUUGUUGCUUAUAUUGUCUGUGUUCAUCUUGUGGUUCACAGGGAUAAAGCACCUCCGGAAAGAUGGCUCAGAACCCACAAGUUGGCAUCCCCAUGUCCGAGACCAGUACAAACGGCAUCCCAGGCAAGAAGCAGAUGAAAGCCAGCACAGUCACUUUUCACAACAUCUGGUACAGAGUGAAGACAAAGUCUGGCUUCAUAGGUUGCCGAAAAACAGUUGAGAAAGACAUUUUGAGAGACAUCAAGUACGUAUUUCUCAGCCAGAAUGUGCACUCAGUUUCCAUAUAUAUGUGUGUGUAUACUUUGAGAGGGUCCCCAGUGUUUCUCCUACAUUAUCUUAGUAAUCCUUACAACAGCCCUGUUUUGUAGGCCAGUAUUAUUAUCCCCAUAUUACAGAUCAAGGGCAGUGCCUGAGUUCAUGAAGGAUGGGUGCCAAAUAUUCUGAUAAACCAGCCACACCCAAGUUCCUUAUCUGCUGGCCUAGCGUCAGCGAAGACCAGACGCUGCGAAAUCCACUGAGAACUUGGGUGAUAUAAGUUAGGAAGAGGAGACUGAAACAGUUUCAGAGUUCAUUGCACUAUCCAAAGCCCUUUCGGUGGACAAGUUUUGCCUUAGAAAGCAUAGGUGGAGGAAGGGGGGCCCUUUGGCAGGUACGUGAUGGCAGUGCUAACAGAUCUUCUGCCUAAGAUGGCAUGGCAAACUUUCUGUGGGAAUCGCUGGAUCUAAAAUGGCAGCCACCGCUGUGGAAAUCUGCCAAUGCUCGCUUAUUGACCUGUGUCGGGAACAAAAAUUGAUCAAGCAAACACGGCUGUGGUUGCAAAUGGUGCGUAAUUGACUGUGAAGUUCAAUGCUACAUGAGAACAGACAGUAAUACGACUAUGAAUAAUUAACCGAAUUAUAUUGUUCCCUGUGUGAAAGGUAACAGGGGGCCACACCCUACGGAAUAUUUGGUAGCUUGCCCUUAGAUAAACUGAAAUAAUGUGUUAUGAAAGCAGUCGUUAUUAACCCUAGGGACCCAUAGGGUUGAUUUGUAAGUUUCAGGGAUGCCCCAUGGAUCCGCCAUCAGUGCUGGAUUAACUCUAGGCACCCCCCUCCCACAACAUGCGUGUGAUUGACUCGCGCAUGACCACAUAUGCAUGCAGUGCUGGGAAUAAAUAAAUCGAUUCAGACUUGGAAUUGGCAGCAGAGUGAUGGAGAGCCCUUGUGGAGCCCGAAGAGUACUUCAGCGAGGGCAGAGGAAGCCUUGAAAAGACCGGAGGCACAGCUGGAGGGAGAGAACUUAAUUAUACCACAUUGAGCUCCUUGAAGUAAAAGUGCAAUACAACUGUAAUCAUAAUAAAGUAUGUAUGUAUGCUAUCUUGAAGGCCAGCUUGUCUAGCAUUGCUGCUGCAAUGUUCACUCGCAGGGGCAUUUUUGAGAAUAUUGUAUGGCAGCACUUUUUAAGGCCUUCAACCUUUUCAAACCCAGGCUUCAAAUGAAUCUGCAGCUUGAUUAAGUUUGACCAAUAGAUGCAAUGCACCGAAAGCGAAAACAACUCACAAGAAAUGUGCUGGUUUUGUGUUGCAGCGGGAUAAUGCGGCCUGGACUGAACGCAAUCCUGGGGCCAACCGGCUGUGGCAAGUCUUCGUAAGUCUUGUGGCAGUGAGCAAAAGCGGCUACAUGUUAACUUGGCCCUAAUUCCUACCCUUGACUAAAAGAAAGCCCUCCAGGCAGAAAACAUGGCUUCAUAUAUUGAAGCCCAGAAAGGGUUCAUAGUCUGGUCUAAAAUAAUUUUGCUGGAGGAUCAGCCUCUUUCCUGCAAUUCUGGUAUAAUGUUGUGAGCAUGUCCUCAGUUACGUUUCUCAGUGGGACUAGCUAAACGAUGCUGAUUAUGCUAUUAUGGUCUUGACAGAGGCAGACAGAGGAGCAGAGCAGUCUAUAAACUGAGUCAAGACAUCUGUGUGAACAAACUGCAAGUUAUGUCCAACACACAGGGCUGGAUUCAUCUACUCUGUUCUGCUAGCAGAAGCCGGCAGAAUGACUCCGGCUAAAAUAAUGGGGAUUCUUUUCUCCCCCGUACACCUCCUACGCACACACACACACACACACACACAUAUGGAGGACUGGGAGACUGCCCAGAACAGCACUGGAGGGAGGAGAGAUCAUCCCAUCGGUUAAUAGGGUGUGUUGAAAUUUUCAGCUUUCAAUUUCCCCAAAUGAGUGGAGAGCCAGUGUGGUGUAGUGGUUAAGAGCGGUAGUCUCGUAAUCUGGUGAACUGGGUUCGCGUCUCCGCUCCUCCACAUGCAGCUGCUGGGUGACCUUGGGCUAGUCACACUUUUCUGAAGUCUCUCAGCCCCACUCACCUCACAGAGUGUUUGUUGUGGGGGAGGAAGGGAAAGGAGAAUGUUAGCCGCUUUGAGACUCCUUAAAGGGAGUGAAAGGCAGGAUAUCAAAUCCAAACUCUUCUCCUUCUUCUUCUUCUAAAAAGUUGUAACGUGGCUUGGGAAAUCAAAAGAUAUUUUGGUUAAAUGAAUAGAAAUUAGUUUUUUUUCUUGGGAAGUAGAAUGAUAGGUUUCAGGAGCCAACACCAUCGGCAGAGCAUGAGGCUCUUAAUCUCAAGUUCGUGGGUUCAAGCCUCACAUUGGGCAAAAGAUUCCUGCGUUGCAGGGGGCUGAAUUAGAUGACCCUCAUGGUCUCUUCUAAGUCUACAAUUCUAUGGUUCUAUGAAUUUGGUGAUCUGUGCUUUUUAAAAUAAAACUCUUAAAUGGCAGCCACACCAGGGAAAAGCGCAAUCAGAUCAGAACCAUGGGGGCGGGAUUUACGUAACUCCUUUCCCUCCAUACCUUGGGCCUGAUAAAAAUCCUCCCCAGCUACACUUUUGCACUGGAGAGAAGCUUUCCUCUUGUCCACAUAGCUGCUUUUGGAAAGGGUUGGGAUGAGUUAUUUCCAUUAAAACUGUGCACAAUCAAAUCCAGUUUGACUCCCAGUGUGCUUUAACAACAACAACAAAAAGUUGUGUGGGUGGGUGGGGGGAGUCCUGUGUGAUGUAGUUCUGCCUUUUUCUUUCAGACUACUGGAUAUUUUAGCCGCAAGGAAAGAUCCCCAUGGCUUGAGUGGAGACGUUCUAAUCAAUGGAGCCCCUCAACCUGCCAAUUUUAAAUGUAUCUCUGGAUAUGUUGUGCAGGUAAGCCUCCGAUAGUCUCUGACUCUGUUUAUUUUACCCUUUACAAAAUUCAGUGUUAAAAUCAGGAUUGCCCAGUGUGAUGCAUAGUCCCGGUUUGCUUUAUGCAAAUGUUGCAGAGCAUGAAAUAGAGAAGGUUUGCCUGGAGCUCUGCACGUGAUUUGUGGCUUUGGUAUGUGAACUGGAGCUCCUGAUUUGAGCUGCGUAUCUAUCUGUUUCCUUUGGAUUUGUCCAGGAUGAUGUGGUCAUGGGGACCUUGACUGUGAGGGAGAACUUCCAGUUCUCAGCUGCCCUCCGAUUACCGAAGACUGUGAGGGAGCAGGAAAAGGAGGAUAGGAUCAACCAGAUCCUCAAGGAGCUGGGCUUGACAAAAGUGGCAGAUUCAAAGGUAUCAUCAUUGCUUCUCCAAAAUUAUGUCGCACACUGACUAAAUUCCGGGAUAAAAACUAUAUACCGGUAAACAAGACUCUACAGGAAAAAAAUGAAGAUUGUCAGAGGUGAAUAUUCUUUUGAACAAUAUACCCAUUGCAUUGGAAUUGACAACAGGACAGUGAAAAUGGAUUCUACAUGCCCUAAUGGUGGCUAAGAGAUUGAUACUGAUGGAUUGGAAGAAUAGAGAUACGAUUCCUCUUAAUCAAUGGCUUGACAACAUGGCAACAUUUGCAAAAUAUGGAUAGCUUAUAGAUGCAGACUAUCUUUGAAUACAAUAUUUGAAAUGAGUGUACACAGAAUAGAUUAGGUUAUUGACAUAUGUGUAUUAAGAUAAUAAGAAUAUACACAUUUGUAUAUUAAUGUCUGGUAAUGUAAGGGUUUUUUUCGUUCUCACUUUCUUUUCCACUUCUCUUUCAUUAUAAAUGAAAUUAUUCUAAUGAAAUAUUAAUCUUUGUUAUUUUAAAUGUUUAUUCAUAUGGCACCAUCGACGUACACAAUAUCGCUCAAGUUCUUCUUUUGCAUUAGGUUGGAACCCAGUUCAUUCGUGGCAUAUCCGGUGGAGAGAGGAAACGGACCAAUAUCGGCAUGGAGCUGAUUACUGAUCCUGCAAUCUUGUUCUUAGAUGAGCCAACCACUGGACUGGAUGCCAGCACAGCCAAUGCUGUCCUGCUACUCCUGAAAAGGUAAUUGCUAGAAAAGGUACUGUGUGUCUUUGGCUGUGCAUGGGAUGAAAUAAUAGCACUUUCUUCAGCAUCGGUACAACGAACUGUGAUGCCCAAAGUAUGGUUCUUGUGUGAGCCACUGGGAUUUUGUGGAUAGGGCUGGAAGUGGGAUGGAGAGAUCACCUGUGUCCAAAGUUUUACUUAGCCAUGUUAUUUAUGCUAGGAAACAACAAUGCUUGCAAUAAGUUACCUGAACCGGGGUGGGGGAAGUAGACGGAAAGGCAACCUAUUCUUCCCUUCCUGAUUCCUUCUUAACGAACUGCUUGUUGAUAUGUAGAUUGUUUCUCAUGCUUUACUUCUUUCCUGCUUCUCCAAAUCAGUUAUUGUUAACUCUUUGAUUCCAUGUUGGCCACAUGUAAGCUUGAGCUGACAUGUGGCUUUGUUUGCCAUAAGUAAUAAACCUUGCUUUCGUCUUUCCACCAGCCAUCAGUCUUACUUGACUAUUAAAUUCUGAACUUCACUGCAAUAUAUACCAGACACCACAAUUUAUUUAAAAUUAUUUAUGUGCCACUGUACAUACAAUGUAUUGCAGGGAUUUCCAAAUGUAAUAAUAAUAAUAAUAAUAAUAAUAAUUAAUACCCUGUCCAUCUGGCUGGGUUUCUGCAGCCACUCUGGGUGGCUUCCAACAAAAUAUUAAAAUACAAUAGUGCAAAAUAUUAAAACACAACAGUAAACCAAUACUUCUCUAAAACCAGUCAAAAAAGUAAAAACAAUAUAGCAAAACAGCCAGAAAACAGAGGAUGUGGUAGUCAGCUUCAGCUUUAAAAGGCCAGAUGGGACAAAUAGUUUUCUGCAGAAAAGUGGCAAGAACUUCUCUUGGAAGGUACAAUUGCAAAAACAAGGGCCGAACCUAGCUUCCCCGUGAGAUGGUAUCCUGAGCAGGGCAUCAUUGGAAGAUCUUAAGUGCCGGGAAGUUUUGUAUGGAAGGAGGCAUUCCCCCUAGAUAAUCGAGACCCAAACUGGUUAGACUUACAUGGUGAAUUUGGGUCAAUCACUCCCUCUGAGCCUGCCCCACCUCACAGGUUUUUGUUGAGCUAGGGGAACCCAUCUGUGCUUUCCAGAGGUACUUUGGGGAAAAGUCAGAUACCGUACAGUAAAUAAACAAGGUUUUGUUAAAUAGGUUUAGUGUUUUUCAGAGAAUCAAUCUUGGAUACAGUAACAGCACUUGAUUUUUUAUUUUGAUUUUUUUUUGGGAAUGUUAUAGUUCUUUGAUGGGACUUACAAUACUCCCAGCAUCAUAACAAGACAAAUGGGGAAAGUACGGUGAUAAUAAAUGCAAACUGUGUAGCUGCUGAAAGAGUGGACUAGGCCUCGUGGACUAGGUCCCCUUUUUUUUUCUGCGGCUCACCGGACAUUAGGGAAUUGUAGCCAGCCUUUAACAAGCCUCCUUUUCCUGGAGGUGUGCAAUGCAUUCAUAAUCUCUUCCUUCACAGGUAUGCAGUUGAGCAGGUAUUAUGGAAGUGCAGAAGCAGGCACACUUCAAGAAGUAUUAGCAACCUAACAAUAUAAAAAACCCUAACCCCACUCCCAAGCUGUUUCUGACAGCCUACUCCCAGGUUUACCUUGCCAUACAGCAGAACCAGGGUUAGAAACUGAGAUAUGAAAGCUAGGAGCUAAACGGCACCUUAAACCUAGGUUAUGGGUGCAACAACGAAAUGUCUAGGUGCGCUUUUUAAUAAGAAUACAAAGCUGAAAAUGAAUGAGCUGCAGCUAAAAUUUUACGUCCUUUUUUCACAUGGUCUAGUCCUUCCCCUGCCCACUCCCUUAAUAUUCUUAAGAGGGGUCUCUUCUCUAGCCUUCAGAGAGCAGCUGGAAGUGGGGAGGCAGGAAAAGGUCUUCUUUUCCUUCCACUCUGCAGUUUUAAUCUGAAAUCUUAGGCACAGUAACUGCACCCAGAGCUCAGAAACCACCCGCGCUCAUGAAAUUCCCUGUCACAAAAUGCGCCUAGAACAAAGGGAGUUUCGAACACUGAGCAGAGCUGGAAAAAAGGCAGAAGCUAUCUGCUGGGCCAAAUGGGGGAGUGAAAUCAGCUUCUCAGGUAGCUAGAACAUCAAUUCAGUGCCCAUUAUGCAAGUAGUCAUAGCUACUGGGUUACGGAGAAGAGAAGAGGUGGGGCAGCACAGAGAGAGGUGGUCUCUUCACUUUGAACAGCUGUAUGUUGAGAAUUUUGACCUAUGAUGAAUUGCAGGGGGGUUUUUUAGCUUGCAGAUUUUGAAUGAAUAACACUAUGUUUUACAAAACCUUAAGCCGGUUGACACCUUUCUUACUGCCUACUCUGUUCAGGAUGGCCAGGCAAGGGAAAACAAUCAUCUUUUCCAUCCACCAACCUCGCUACUCCAUAUUCCGACUGUUUGAUAAAUUGACCUUACUGGCAGCAGGCAGGAUGCUUUAUCAUGGACCAGCUCAGAACGCCAUAGAAUUUUUCAAAUCCAGUGGUAAGGUUUCAGAAGACUCUCUACUGAACAUAGUGGGGACUGCUAUAUGUGAGCAUAUAUCCCCGUUGUUGUUUUGUUAAAGUCAGCUCAAUUUGGCUUUGCCACAGGGGAGUGGGUUGAUGUAUUUAUUACAAUACCCUAGUCUUGAAAUUACCAAAGCAUGGACAGCUGCAGGCUGUUUGAUAAUCUGGAGACAUUUUUUUUGGGGGGGGGGGGGGACAGUUCUGAAGAUUUUGAAUACACGAUCCCAAGUACUUUGCAAUACAUUUUCACCACCUGCUUAUUGAAAGACCUGCAAGCAUUUUAUUUCUUUGUAGGUUAUGAGUGCGAACCGUACAACAACCCUGCUGACUUCUUUCUGGAUGUCAUUAAUGGAGACUCGACGGCUGUGGCUUCAAACAAGACUGGUGAAAUUGAAAUAGGUAUGCAAAACACAGUUUCUUUGUUAGAGUCACUGCUCGGUGUGCUGUAUGAAGAGAUGCAUUCUGUGUUGAUUAGCUUUGCCAUAGAGAAAUCGCGCCUGUACGAUACCAUACAGAGAGACCACUGGUUUGUAUAGUGCCGGUGCCAGCACAACAAUCUAUUCAGAGAUCAUACCCAUCUGUUGUGCAGAUUACGGCAUUCAGCUGUGCAUCAGUGUGCAUUCAACGUACCGCCUACCUCCCACUGGUACUGACACAUGGUGAAGUCUCAGCACCUACAAUCCGACAGAGCAUAAGACCCUUAAUCUCAGGGUCGUGGGUUAGAGCCCCACACUGGAGGAAAGAUUCCUGCAUUGCAGGGCAUUGGACUAGACCCUUGUGGUCGCUUCCAGCUCUGCAGUUCUAUGAUUCUAUAAAGAACUGUUGGAAUCAGAGCAACAAAGGGCUGGUUUCAAACCAGCCUGACAAGGAAGCUCAAACCCUGCCCAGGCAGCAGUGAAGUGUUGCCGAGCUACCACUGCAUCCAGACCCGUCACUCAUGCUAGCAGGGGCAUAAGUAGGCAUAAAUCCCUGUGCGAGCCUGGAGUUGUGCAGCAAUUGGACCUGAUGCUGUCAAAUGAUGGCAGUUGGGUUGGCUGGGGAGCUAGCACAUCCUGGGCCUGCUUAGCUGGUCCCUGCCUCAUUUUGGUGCUUUCUGUAUGCUGCUGCUGGUGAUGUGGACCUGCUAAUAGUUCUUCUGCCCACUCACAUGCUUGGAAAGGGGAAACUGCCCUUGUAGAGUGACUCUGGUGUUACUUUGUGGUUGGAAGACACCAAAGGCCUCCACUCAAUCCAAAACCACCUCAUCCUGGCACAAAGAGGGUUGGGAUUGCAAUUGAAUGGCUUAGGACCAGGAUACCUGGAGGACUGGCUCCUAUCAUACAACUCUGGUCAUUCCUUUAGGGCAGUGGUGGCCAAACUCGGCCCUUGGACUACAAUUCCCAUCAUCCCUGACCACUGGUUCUGUUAGCUAGGGAUGAUGGGAGUUGUAGUCCCAAAACAUCUGGAGGGCCGAGUUUGGCCACCACUGCUUUAGGGUCAGGCUGAACAUGGGACAGGGUCUUCUUCUCUGUCACCAUGUCCCAACUUCGGAAUAUCACCUGAGAGAUCAAGUACAUGUGAAAAGUAUCUUGGUGUCUUAUCUGACCACAAAAUGACCAUGGGCCACCACUGCAAGAUGGCUGCAAAAAGAAGAAGUUAUUCCAGUCUUAGGCUGCAUUAGCAGACAAAUUCAUGGAAGAUCUACUUAUCAACAGCUACUAGGCAUGAUGGCCAUGCUCUGCUUCCACAGUAAUGCUUCUGAAUGCCAGUUGCUGGAAAUUGCAAGAGGGAAGAGUGCUCUUGUGCUUGAGUCCUACUUGUGGGUUUCCCAUGGGUAUCUGCUGAGAACAGGAUGUUGGACUAGGUGGGCAAUUGAGGCUCUUCCUGUGUCCAUUUCAUUCAAACAGUGGACCAAACUGAAAGCGAAGAGGAAAGCGCCUCUUUGGAUGGUAUGAAUCCUAGUCCACAAAAGCUUAUGUCAUAUAAAGUAAAGGUAAAGGGACCCCUGACCGUUCAGUCCAGUUGCGAACGACUCUAGGGUUGCGGAGCUCAUCUCGCUUUAUUGGCCGAGGGAGCCAGCGUACAGCUUCCGGGUCAUGUGGCCAGCAUGACUAAGCUGCUUCUGGUGAACCAGAGCAGCGCAUGGAAACGCCGUUUACCUUCCCGCCAGAGCGGUAACUAUUUAUCUACUUGUACUUUCGAACUGCUAGGUUGGCAGGAGCAGGGACCGGGAGCUCACCCUGUUGCGGGGAUUCGAACCGCCAACCUUCUGAUCGGCAAGCCCUAGGCUUUGUGGUUUAGACCACAGCGCUACCUGCGUCAUAUAAAGUACUCAGCCUUUAUGCUAUGCUACAUUUUGUGUUUUGUGCUCUAGCUCAACUCCCAUAGAUCCAGAAGACCAUGUUAAAUGUAUUUCUCCAUCUCUCCAAAGAUAACAUUGACGAACACAUCAGUCGUGAUCAGACACUGGCAGAGAAAUUGGCAGAAAAGUAUUCCAGUUCCACUUACUACCAAGAAACCAAAGCAGAAUUAGAGAGGCUGUCUUUGGGGAGCCAGAGGGAGACCUCUUUCCGAGAAAUCACCUACUCCACUCCCUUCUUUCACCAGCUCAAGUGGGUCUCUAAACGCACGUUCAAAAAUCUGCUAGGCAACCCUCAAGCCUCCAUAGCACAGGUAAUACUAGUCAUUUAAAAUGCUUUCUUCAUUAAUCUACACCCAAGUGAUACAAAACUUGCAUUGACCUGUGCAGCUAGUGAGUUACUGCUGUGCACAUAUUGAUUGCACAAGAAAUAACCUUAAGCUGUUGGGGGCUCCCAGGUGUAGAGAAUGGCAGAAAUAACAAAUGGAUACCAGAAUGCACCAGUGUCUUUCCAUAGAUGCUGGAAUAUUUCACCCGGAGCCAUGAUGACCACCCACAUUUUGUUUUGGGGAUGGUAGUUUGCAUGACUAUAUUGGAAGAUGCUCACCUAAACCAUUUCUUUCUUUAUGAGAUUUGUUUCCCUCUCUUUCCAUUAAAUAUUGCAAUGGAAUUAAAAAACAGAACCAAUAAAAUGAAGCGGUUAAAAUAACCAGCAUCUAAACCAGUAAAAACCAGCAGCAGAAACAAGAGGUUCCAUGACAUUCAAACAAGCCACUAAAAUUCCUAGGGGAACGGGUAUGUUUUGAGUUGCCGCUGAAACAACAGUAGUGUAGGCGCAGUGCUAUUUUUCUAGAAAAAGAGGCGGCAGAACUCACCACGAACGCCUCACUUGUUAUCUUAUAAUGGCAAUGGGGCCUACCUGAGUGGUGCCAGAAUUGAGUUUCGGUGGAAAAAAGCCCUGUGUAGGUGUCAUCCAUACCUCUGGGGGAAGAGCAUGCCGAAGUCUGGGGGGCAAACACAGAGAAGGCCCUAUCUUGUUUUACCUUUGUCUGUGUUGUUUUGAAUAACCAGAAGUCUCUCUCUUAAGUUUCUUGUUUUCUGUCUCCUUCCACCUUGCCACAAGGUUUUCUGUUCAUAGACUUUAGAAUAAUAAUAAUAAAUUAAUUACUAAAUACAGUGGUACCUCAGGUUAAGUACUUAAUUCGUUCCGGAGGUCCGUUCUUAACCUGAAACUGUUCUUAACCUGAAGCACCACUUUAGCUAAUGGGGCCUCCCACUGCUGCCGUGCCGCCAGAGCACGAUUUCUGUUCUCAUCCUGAAGCAAAGUUCUUAACCUGAAGCACUAUUUCUGGGUUAGCGGAGUCUGUAACCCGAAGCGUAUGUAACCUGAGGUACCACUGCAGUAGCUAUCCUGGUCUCCAGCUCCAUAUUGGGAAGCAACACCCAUUUCACUGAAGAGACCUGCGUAUUGGGCCAAAAAUACAUACUGUGUCCCAUGAUUGGUGCCUACACAGAGGGCAGGGAAAGAGGGCGUUGGCAAAAGCAGGGGAUACGAGGAUGCCUUAGGGCAGUGGUUCUCAACCUGUGGGUCCCCAGAUGUUGUUGAACUACAACUCCCAUCACCCCUAGCUAGCAAGGCCAGAGCUCAGGGAUGAUGGGCGUUGUAGUCCAACAACAUCUAGGGACCCACAGGUUGAGAAAGGCUGCCUUAGGGGAAGAGGAGACUGGCUCUGAGGGCGAGGAUCACCUGGAAGAGGCUUGUUCAGUGGGAAAGUGACAGGGAGGACGAAGACUGCUGGAGGUUGGGGGGACCUUGCAGAGAGCAGCAGCAGGGACUUGGUGGAACGAAUAUGGGACCGGUGGAAGAAUUGAUCGAAGCAAAAAAGGAGCCCAAAUGCCCCCCUCUCCACCACUACUGUCACCUCAGCCCGUAGGCAGGCAAGGAGGGAAGAAGGGCAUUGUUCGGCUGCGUGCACAUAGCAGCUUGGAGAGAAUGACAGCUAAACACAGGUGGGGAACGUCUGAGGGAAUGCCGGGGAGAGUUACAGCUGAACCUAGGUGGAGAACGCCUGAGGUAAUGUUCACAGCUGUGCCUGGCCAGGCUAAGAUGGGGCUGGAAGCAAAGAGCAUGUGAUUUCUGCACCUGCAGUUGACUCAGCUGACUGUAGCUCUUGCCCAUCACUCCUCCCUGGAAGAGUACUUUAAAGAGAAAGCGUCCCUCAGGCUGAAAAAAAAGUUCCCCACUUGGUUUUAACCACAUAGUCCCGACCUUUUAAACUGGUACGAUGAAUUGACAUGCUUUGCUGCCAUUUCCCUUCAUUGUUUAUAUAAAGGUAUGCAUAAAAAAGGAGAAAAUAAAAAGGUUCCCCACAUCUGGUCAAAAGAGUGGCAGAUUUGAAGUGGUGAACAAGGGAAUGUUGCUUAUCCCAAAUCAGCUUUAAGCCUGUAUUUUCCCCAGCUGCAUUUGUUCUGAGCCCCAACAAAUAUGCAUCUGGGUGUCCUGAAGGAGGAAGAUUAUCUUGGGGAGGGGAGCGCAGGAGGAAGGCCACGAGAAGGCUUAAGUUUCUCCCACCUUUGCGCUUCAGAUGUUCAGCAAACCUCUUUGGCCCUUAGAGGUUGGGGCUCUAUAAAACAUCUAAUUAGAUCCAUUUGAUUCCUUCUUAAACUUUUGCUGUCCACAAGCCAAAAAUCUCCUCAGAAUCCUAGAAUUACGGCCUUUGAUUCCAUGUGUAUGUUGAUAUUAUGGAGAUCUCUCUUAAUUGCUUUGUAAAAGCUUGACCUUGUGACAAGAAUAAUGCCCUUUUAGAGCUUUUUAAUCUUCCAGGGUUAACGGUCCUGACUCCCCAGCCCCUCCAAUCGUUUUGAUCUCCCUAACCUCAUUAGGAAUGGAUUUGAAAUGCAGUCUCCAAAUGCCCUACAGUUCUUUUUUAAUCUUCUCAAUUGGGCCUUGCUAUGAUCCUUGUUUUCUACUACAAUUGGCUUAGUGCUUGGAUUAUCCCUGACAUUUGGUCCUUUCGGCAGGUUCUUAACAUCACGGUACCAUGUAUGGAGGGCCCUCUGUUACGUUUGAGGGCUGCUCUUGCCAAACUGCCUGAUACCAUCACAUUGGCCGCGGUUUUAAUCAUUCAUACUUAAUGCUUGAUAUGCGGUCUUAACCAUUCUGGCAGUACCAGCCCAAUACAUUCUGAGUCCAAACGGUGCCCUACCCACGAUGGUCGACACUUUAAAGCAUCCUUCGUCAAUCUGGUGCACCUCCAACCUCCCAUCAGCCCCAGCCAGCAUGACCAAUGGCCAGGAAUGAUGGGAGUUGUAGUCCAACAACAUUAGGGUGGCAGGUUAGAGAAGCCUUCAUGGAGUCAUUCGGUCAUUCAAACACUAACCCUUUCCUUCAGCUGUCACUUCCGCCCCUGGUAUAGCCUUGUGUGCUCCAAGUACAUUAGUAUACCAGUAGAUACUUCAUCAACUAAAAAGAGAAAAAAUGUUUACCAUAUAUCACACUUUAUAAUACAGGAGUACCUUGUGUUACAAACUAAGGUUACCAGACGUCCCCGUUUCCCGGGGACAGUCCUCGGAUUUAUAAAUCAGUCCCCUGAUAAAAUCCUCUCAUUCCUACUGAAGUUGAAAAGUUUCCCCGGAUUCAUUGAAAAAAAUCUGGUAACCUUAUUACAAACACCUUGGGUUGCAAACACUUCGGGUUAUAGACUCUGCUAGCCCGGAAAUAGUACCUCGGGUUAAGAACUUUAUCUCAGGAUGAGAACAGAAAUCGCGCAGUAGCGGUGUGGCGGCAGAGGGAGGCCCCAUUAGCUAAAGUGGUACCUCAGGUUAAGAAUGGUUUUAGGUUAAGAACAGACCUCCAGAACGAAUUAAGUUCGUAAUCAGAGGUACCACUUUAAUAAUAAAAAACCCUUCCCAACCAGGGUUUCCCAAACUUGGACUACAACUCCCAUCAUCCCUAGCUAGCAGGGCCAGUGGUCAAGGAUGAAGGGAAUUGUAGUCCAAAAAAAGGCUGGAGACUCAAGUUUGGGAAACCCUAUUCUGAACCUAUUUGGGCUGCCUUGAAUCAACACCCUUCUUCAAAGUUUGCUGCAUACAUCAUCACAGGCCACUGCCAGUUAUGAUACUUAUUUUAUCAUUAAUAUUAUUUUAUUAAUGAUAUCAAUAUUAUUUUAUUUCAAAUGUAGAUCAUGCUAAGAAACCAAAUAAUAAAAACACGCUGGGGCUGCAAUUCUAUGUCCCAGGCUUGGGAGGAAGCCCCUUUGCAUUCCAGGAACUUACUUCCGAGUAGAUAUGAAUAGAAUUCUAUUGCACUGUAAAAAAAAAGAAUACAAAAAAAAACCCCCACCAAAACAAUCGUGCACCCACAAAAUACAUAGCAGCAGACGAGACCUCAGUAAAACAGCCAUAAUCCGAAAAAUAAAAGUCAAUUGCAAAAUAUAAACAGCUUGAGCUGAUUUCAAAUGCCUCCUUAAAGAAAAAGGCACGUGUCUGGUAUGCCGUUUCUCAGGCUGCAGCUGGUUUAACCUGCUAAAUUCCAAAGUUCUAUAUGAAACCAUGAUAAUUUAAUAUGGUGCUUGCGGUGGUUUUUAGCUGCUGGAGGGUGUUUCGUUGCUAACGACAAGUCCAGUUUUCAGAAGGAAUUUGAUUUGUAUUUGUCUUCAAUUUUGUAGUUGACAGCUAGUGAUUUUUGCACUCGACUGUAUGCGAUGUAACACUGCUGUAUAUUUCGUUUAUGUUUCAGCUCUGUGUUACCGUUUUCCUGGCAGCAGUCGUAGGUGCCAUAUUCUUUGGGGUAACGAACGAUACUACUGGUUUGCAGAACAGGUGAGGAAUCUGGGGGCUGUGUGAUGAGAAAAUGGUGGCAGUUUUUGAUUCUAGAGAAAUCUUCAGACUUCUUAAGAAGAUAAGAAUAUCUGGCUGGAUCAGGCCCAUGGCCCAUCUCAUACCAGCAUCACAGUCGCCUGUGGGAAACCAGCAAGCAGAAUCUGAGCCCAAAAGCCCAUUCUCCCCUCCUGUGGUUUCCUGCAACUGGAAGCAUUGAUGCCUCCCAUUUUGAAGCUUGAAAUUUAGCUCCUGUCAAUUGAAAAACACAGCCUGUAAAACAAAUACUAGCUUCUGCUUGGACUUUAUACAUCUCUUUUAUUCUUUGACUGGAUAGGACUGCUAAACAGCCAGUAUCUUAGUGCUCCAUCUUGGAAAACCAGGCGAUGGCAGCUCCUCCCCCCACGAUUUGUAGGGUACUGGCAAGGCCUUGCAGAGCCAGGCAGAGGCCUGGGCCAGGUAGAUAAUGUGCCCCCCUUUUUUCACCCUGGGGAUAACUGAAGUCUUAUAAAUAAGUAUAUAAAUAAUUUUCACAAACGUUAUGCUGACAAAUAAUGUUAUUUCAAGGCUUGAACUGUAUCUGCAUAUAAAGACAAAAUGGAAAAUAUAGAUAUACAAGACAGUGCUACCUCGGGUUACAUACGCUUCAGGUUACAGACUCUGCUAACCCUGAAAUAGUACCUCAGGUUAAGAACUUUGCUUCAGGAUGAGAACAGAAAUCGUGCUCCGGCGGCGCAGCAGCAGCAGGAGGCCCCAUUAGCCAAAGUGGUACCUCAGGUUAAGAACAGUUUCAGGUUAAGAACGGACCUCCGGAAAGAAUUAAGUAUUUAACCCGAGGUACCACUGUAGUGCUUUUUAAAAAUACAUUGGGAAAAGGAUUCCAGGCCUAGUCAACAAAAUUUUAAACAAAUGGCCACAUCUUCAUCAAUUUUUCAUCAUUUUCAAAAGAAAUUUUAGCGAUAAGAAAGCCAACACACUUAUCUUUAAGGUAUGUGUGGUUUUAAUUUUUGGCAAACAAGAUUUUUUUUUUUAAAAAAAACCACCAACUUUUAAUAGCAUGAAAAACAUGAUCCACCAUCACGUUCACGGUGUGCUGGCUGCUUGGAGCCUUGGUAGCCUCCACCCAACCGGGGCCCGUUCCGUACUCCUCUGCGGAGCCGAUCGCAGGACAGGGAAGCUUUUCUCUUGGGCCCGGUCUUAUUCAACAUCUUUAUCAACAACUUGGAUGAUGGACUCAAGGGCAUCCUGAUCAAAUUUGCAGAUGACACCAAACUGGGAGGGGUGGCUAACACCCCAGAGGACAGGAUCACACUUCAAAACGACCUUGACAGAUUAGAGAACUGGGCCAAAACAAACAAGAUGAAUUUUAACAGGGAGAAAUGUAAAGUAUUGCACUUGGGCAAAAAAAAUGAGAGGCACAAAUACAAGAUGGGUGACACCUGGCUUGAGAGCAGUACAUGUGAAAAGGAUCUAGGAGUCUUGGUUGACCACAAACUUGACAUGAGCCAACAGUGUGACACGGCAGCUAAAAAAGCCAAUGCAAUUCUGGGCUGCAUUAAUAGGAGUAUAGUAUCUAGAUCAAGGGAAGUAAUAGUGCCACUGUAUUCUGCUCUGGUCAGACCUCACCUGGAGUACUGUGUCCAGUUCUGGGCACCACAGUUCAAGAAGGACACUGACAAACUGGAACGUGUCCAGAGGAGGGCAACCAAAAUGGUCAAAGGCCUGGAAAUGAUGCCUUAUGAGGAACGGCUAAGGGAGCUGGGCAUGUUUAGCCUGGAGAAGAGGAGGUUAAGGGGUGAUAUGAUAGCCAUGUUCAAAUAUAUAAAAGGAUGUCACAUAGAGGAGGGAGAAAGGUUGUUUUCUGCUGCUCCAGAGAAGCGGACAUGGAGCAAUGGAUCCAAACUACAAGAAAGAAGAUUCCACCUAAACAUUAGGAAGAACUUCCUGACAGUAAGAGCUGUUCAACAGUGGAAUUUGCUGCCAAGGAGUGUGGUGGAGUCUCCUUCUUUGGAGGUCUUUAAGCAGAGGCUUGACAACCAUAUGUCAGGAGUGCUCUGAUGGUGUUUCCUGCUUGGCAGGGGGUUGGACUCGAUGGCCCUUGUGGUCUCUUCCAACUCUAUGAUUCUAUGCCAGCCAUGGCCCCAGGGAAUCUGCCCACCGCUGCUGCACCUCCGUGUUUGCCCCAGUGCAUCCCCUGCAACUGUGAAUAUGCUGACCAUGGCCCCCUUUGGAAUCGGAGGCCUGGGCCAAGUGGCCCAUAUGGCCCCUCCCCUCUGUCUGGGCCUGGGUACUGGCCCCUCCCAUUCUGCCUCGACUCACCUCCCAAGGGGCUAGUAUCUUUAACAUAAAUUGACAGCUGCCCAAGGGCAUACACUGUAAAUGCCUGUUUUCUACCAGAAAUCGAGGUUAUAGCUCUUUUCCCAGUGGGUGAGGCAGUGGUGAAGAUGAGAACAUGGGAUCGUCCAAGGAUGAGCUUGCUAAAAAAGUGGGUUUCGGGGAGGAAAGAGGAUCCUUGUUGUGAAUAUCAAAUAUUUUUUCAAAGGCUUUACGGUGACAAUCCAUAUUUCCUCCCCAUAGAAUUGGUGCUAUGUUCUUUAUGACCACCAACCAGUGUUUCAGCAGCAUUUCCGCUAUUGAACUUUUUGUUGUGGAGAAGAAGAUAUUUAUGUAAGUAGAACACUGCUGAACAGGCAACACUGUAUAUUAUUAUUAUUAUUAACCUUAUUUAUUUGUUUAUUUUAUUUAUUUAUUUCAAGAAUCAUCUUUCUUACCCACCCUUCACCAUAAGGUCCCAAGGCAGGUUGCAAUUUAAAAACACAAUAUUAAUAAAGAGUUCAAAACAUACUAAGAGUCACAGGAAUAGGGUGGGUCCUAAUAUAUAAGGCCAGGAAAAGAGGGUGCAUCUUCAGCAUGAGACAGAAAGGUCCCAGACACACCUCUGUGGAGAGGUAAUUUUACAGCAUAGGGAGGGUUUUUUAAUGUUUGAUGUCUUAUUAUGUUUUUAUAUCUGUUGGAAGUCACAGAGCGGCUGGGGCAACCCUGCCUGGUGGGUGGGGUACAAAUAAUAAAAUUAUUAUUACAGCAUAGGGUCCACCCUCUUCCAGGCCGCUCCCUCCAAAAAAAAAAUUCUGAGGGAGAUGAAAUACCAAGAGUUCUACCCUAUGCUGAUCUUAAUACCUAAGAAGUUCUAAAGGGAAGGAGACUGUUUUACAGUCUAACUACAAACUACAAUUUCCAGCCUCCUCAGAGAAGAGGAAGUAACUGUUUUACAUCUCUGGUCUGCAUGAACCCAAUGUAUAUUUUUAUUGUAGAUUUUUUUAAAAAAUGAUUUAAUCCCUAGCGUAACAUUUUCUUAAAAGACUGAUAAAUAAGACUGAACAGAUGUACAUUUUUGGGGGGGAUGAUUUUAUUAUGGCAACUUCAAAGUUUUGCCAAACUGCAUACAAUGUAUCUCGGUUGUUUACUGUGUGAAAUUAGUUGAGUACUUUAAAACUUUACCUGGUAAUAUUGUACUGUUUAUAUUCAUAGACAUGAGUACAUCAGUGGAUACUACAGAAUUUCUGCAUAUUUCUUCUCAAAGCUAAUGGCUGAUUUAAUACCCAUGAGGACUUUACCAAGCAUUAUCUUCACCAGCAUUGUUUAUUUCAUGUUAGGUAAGUAUGUUGUCCUUGAAGCUAUACAAGAAAGCUUGCCAAGUGGAUCCUGCAACAAAAUUUUGUCGUGUGCAAAUGCUCCUGCCCGUCAACCCUACACACUAGGAUACUCCAUCCCUCCGUCACCAGCUGGAACUUGCCAGAACUUGCACUUCUCAGGUGGGCGCUAUUGCCAUUAUAAGAGAACAAGGGAGGAGUUCAUGGUGAGUUUCAGCUCCUCUUUUUCUAGAAAAAUAGCAGUCUGUGGCACCCAAAUCAAAUAGGUAUCAUUUCAUGACCGCUGCCAUGCUUCGUCCUCAUUGAAGUGUUUUGGAGCUUUGUCUUGAAUUUAGUCCUUUUUGUUUCUCCCACUCCCCUACUUUUCCAUAUUUCUGCAAACCUGAGAUGUACGAGGGCAGAAUGGGAUGGCGGUUUCACCUAGUGGUUAACGCUGGGUGAAACUGCGGCCGCUCUGCUUCCAGUGCCCAUCAGCAGCUUGUUGCACCCUCGGUGCGCUAGGCGCUGGUUGCAGAGGGAUUCUGGAGGCAGCGGUUUCACCCACAAUAUACCGCUGAGUGAAGCUGUCAUCGCGGGCUGCCCCUUAUAUUGGUCCAGGACGAUAUAUCGCCCAGGCCUGUUCCAAAGGCCAAGUAAUGUAUGAAUGGGCCAUUGGCAAGUCAUGCUCUUUCAGCUUUCCACCUAAAACUAGAAUAAUAUGAGCAACCUCAUAUUAUUCGUUGUAAAGCUGCACAAGGAGUAGAAAGCAUUUCGCCCAUGCAUUAAAUAUAAGGAUGCAACAUCAUGAAAAUAAAGUGUAUGCAAAGCUUAUGAUGUGUAAUAAACUAGUAACAUGGUACAAUAUUUGACUGUAUAUUCUUUGUCAAACACGCCUUUUCUUUUCAAUCUCUAAGGUCUAAAGCCAACAGCAGAGGCCUUCUUUAUCAUGAUGUUUACUCUGAUGAUGGUAUCUUACACAGCGACUGCUAUGGCGCUAGCAAUUGCCGCAGGACAGAGUGUCGUGGCUGUAGCAAAUCUACUCAUGACCAUCACCUUUGUUUUUAUGAUUGUGAGUAUCCUUAAAUGGUUGAUAGGAAGUUGCUGGCAUUGCAGCAGCUAGAAAACUGAAUCAGGUGGGUGCCCCCUUUUUUUAAUAACUAAAACUUUAUUGCCGGAAUCGCUUUUUAUUGAGUUUUAUAAACAAGGACCACAGGAAUAGUAAACAGUACAAAUAAACAGACCAAGUUUUCUCAUGUCAUUUGUCUAUCACAAAAUUAGCAUAAUAAAUUUGCAGUACGAUCUACAACAUAGGGUUCAUUAUUAGUGAUCAGCGUGUAAGUUCUUGGUUCCUGAAUUGGUUUAAACAAAGACAGCGGGGAAACAGGAUAAAACAGAGUUAACAGAUAACAUUCAACAUCACAUAACUAAAUGCCUAAUCAGGAGCCCUUGUGGUUGUGCUUAGAUUAAGUAUGAGUAAUGGUCAUUUUAACUCUUACGUUACCUAUGAAGCAAUAGAAAGUGUUGGUAAAUUGAUGGACGUGAGAGGGGGUUUCAAAGUGAAGCUAAUACUUUAUGUUUAAAUUUAGAUCAAUCAGAUUGAGCCAAAUGCUAGGAUGGUUCGGGGAUGGUUCGCUGGGAUGGGUGGGAUGGUUCGUUUUCUGGAAUACAGUCGUACCUCGAUUUAAGAACAGUCCUGUUUACGAAUGAUUUGGUUACGAACUCUGCAAUACCGGAAGUAGUGUCCCGGUUUGCAAACUCUAUCUCGGUCCAAGAACAGAAUCCGAGGCCUCAUUAGGGAAAGCGCGCCUCUGUUUAAGAACGGUUUCAGUUUAAGAACGGACUUCCAGAACGGAUUAAGUUCGUAAACCGAGGUACCAAUGUACUGGCAUAUGUUAUGAAAUGAAACCACACUGGAGUAAAGCCAUCUUUCUUGAUCUGUCCGUGUGUCAACCGCAGUUUAUUUGUUAAAUCUUUCAAGAAGGGCUGAUUCCCAAACAGUUUUGUACCAAUUGUACAAGGUCUUUCCAUUGUCUGGUUAUGCUGCAUCUCACUCCUUAUAAUAAAAUGACUAAUUAAUGCUUUAUUAUAUAAAUCCAGAUUGUUGACUACAAAGCGUCAUCGGAUUAAUUUUUUAAUUAUGGUUUUGUCUGCAGAUUUUCUCUGGAUUGUUGGUGAAUCUCACCAGUAUACUGCCUUGGCUUGCCUGGCUCCAGUACUUCAGUAUACCUCGAUAUGGGAUGACAGUAAGUGCUUCAUGCGAAGAAUCAUUUCCUCCCAAAAAGCAACUAUUCUACCUAUAAUGGUGAAAGACAAACUAAUCAGCUCAAGCCCUUGGAAAUUCUGCCCCAUAAUUAGACAUAUAUAUUUGUUGCUUUUUGAGUUUUAUAGGCUUUGCCCCCAAUCCAGCUAAAGUGAGUUGUGACUAAGGUUACAGCCGUAAACAUACUUGCUGGAGAGUCUACCCACUGAAUGUAGGUCAUACUCCUGAAUAAACAUGCAUAGAAUUGUGUUGUAAGAUCCACUGAAAGCAAAAGGGCAUAUCACUUUCAACGUAAUCCUGAUGCCGUCUGCAAUGCCUCGGUUAACAGCUGCCCCUAAAGUCGACCUGGGCUGAAGCACUUCAUGGAUUGCUGGAACAUUUGCAUACUAAGUCACUUAGAAUCAUAGAAUCAAGAGAGUUGAAAGGGACCGCAAGGGUCAUCUACUCCAACCCUCUGCAAUGCAAAAUAUUCUUUUGCCCAAUGUGGGGCUUGAACCCACAACCCUGAAAUUAAGAGCCCCAUGAUCUACCGAUUGAGCUGUUCCAGCUGUAGUAAUCUGGGCUGAAGAAUAGCUUCCUUUAUGCUCACCACCACAAAAAAGUCUACAGUCUGGGAGCCACCAAUUUCAAAUAACCCUUACCCCCAUUAUGUGGUUGUAAAUAAUAAUGAACGUGCAAAUAUAUAUGACACUUUCCCCAAAUGCUCAGAGCAUUUCACAUACAACCUUUGUGUUCCUUACAACAAUAUUACUCCCAUAUUGCAAAUGGAAGAGGGAAUGUUGAAUGAUAAUGGCUUGUCUGAUAUCACCCAACAAAUGUCAUAGUGGAAGUGAGGACUAAAUCAGCAAAACAAACUCACAGCUCAUUUUCUAUCCUAUACUAGCUAGAAAAGAAUAGUCUGCACACUACAACAUUUUUACAUGAAACUACGCUGCAACAACUCUCUUGCUGUUACUAUGCCUUUAUAUCAUUUUUUCUUUUUACUUUCAAAGGCACUGCAGGUUAAUGAACUUGCUGAUCUCAAUUUCUGCAACGUAAGCAUGAAUGAAAAUUGGAGCAAUUCUAACUGUACAGAUCUCAGCAAAUUACAGAUGUAAGUAAAAUAUAUUUUCAUUCUAGCUAGAUCUAACCCACUUAGCAGGAGGCACCUACAAACCCCCACAAGAGUACUGUUCACAUUAAUAUGACGACUGCAUUCAGACAUACUGAACCAUAGUUUAAUGCAAUGUGAAUGGACCUAGGUGAGCCUUGGGUUUAAUUUACUUCCCUGUCCCCUCCAAAAAUGGUCAUUGUUUUGGAUGCCUCCCAGGGGAAGAAAGGCAUUAGAAAGAAAUUGCUAUGUUAUUGUUUUGACACUACACUAUUUAUGAUAGCAGUGACACUAUGAAUGGUUUUAGCGUAAUCCCUUUAAAUGAGGAAUUCUGGAAACCCCUGAGCCAAAUCAGGUCAGAGGGACAUUUCACUAUACUGUAUAUAUCUUAUUUCAUUAAGUACACACAAAAAACAGCUGUCUUAAUUGCAAGUUAAUUCAUAACCAUGAAACUAGGAUCAUGCUUACUGCCCACUCGGAGGCUUAUGGAAAAUCCAUGCAUAGUCUGUACGCUUUUCUGUGCUGACUUUAAUCUUGGUCAUGCUGGAUGGCCCGAUGGAACAUAGGAAGUUGAUUUAUAGCUGGGGGUGGGUGGGGCUGAUGUAGUCUCACCACCACUGCCCAAGCAGAUCCCUUCCCCCAAAAGAUCCUACUAAUUUUGCAGUAAUGUCAAAAAUAGAAGUUAAAAUUAUAUACAGCACUGGGGUUAGGUGGAGAAGUUUUUAAAUCUGCCAAAUCCAGUACCCUGAUGGGAAGGCAAGUUCCUUGGUCAUCAGACUGAUCAUCCAUGGAGUGCAGAGGGGUCAGUAUCCCUCCUCUUCAGCUGACCAAGUGAGGAUGGAGGUUGUGUUCUGUGUGGUGUCUACCUCCAUUCUUAGCCCAACCUACUGUUGCCAUGUGGUCCCCAGAGUAUUGGCUAAGGAUAGAUGCACCCUUAGGCCAAAAAGCUUAGCUAUCCUUGUUUUAUAAUGAAUCAGAGCAGUGGUCCAUCUAGCUCAGUGCUGUCCACACUGAUGGCAGUGGCUCUUCAGUUUACGAUAGGGAAUCUUUUCCUGCUCCACUAUAGUAGAUGCCCAGGACUGAAAUUGAGACUUUCUAGGUGGUGCUGCGGGUUAAACCACAGAGCCUAGGAUUUGCCGAUCAGAAGGUUGGCGGUUCAAAUCCCCACGAUGGGGUGAGCUCCCGUUGCUCAGUCCCUGCUCCUGCCAACCUAGCAGUUCGAAAGCACGUCAAAGUGCAAGUAGAUAAAUAGGUACCGCUCCGGCAGGAAGUUAAACGGCGUUUCCGUGCGCUGCUCUGGUUUGCCAGAAGCGGCUUAGUCAUGCUGGCCACAUGACCUGGAAGCUGUAUGCCGGCUCCCUCAGCCAAUAAAAUGAGAUGAGCGCCGCAACCCCAGAGUCUGUCAUGACUGGACCUAAUGGCCAGGGGCCCCUUUACCCUUUACUACCAUUGGGAAAGGGUUAUGUGCUCUUUCUGUGCUAAGCUGCAAAGUCACUGGCUACUUCUGGAGGGGAGGGGGACACUUAUAAUACGUUGCAAUUCUAGGACUAAUUCUCAAAACCUCUACUUGUACUUCUUUGUAGGUGCACUGGAGAACAGUAUCUCAAAAGCCAAGGGAUCGAACCAACUGCAUGGGGCCUGUGGCAGAACCAUGUUGCACUUGCUUGCAUGACCGUAACUUUCCUUACGAUUUCAUACAUGAAGCUGCGUUUCAUGAAAAAGUUCUCUUAA